AUGGCCCGCUCCUCCAAGCUGAUUACUGCUUGCGUCGCCCUGGCCGCGUGCGUUGCCCUCCGCUGCCUUGCCUUCGUCAGUGGCCCUGCUCCAGCCGCGCAGCUCCGUGGAACCACCCCUCUUGAAGUCGCAGCAGGUGCCGCAGUGCCAGCAGUGAUGAUGACACCCACGGCAGCGAUGGCAGCAGAUGGUGAGGGCAUGCCAUCCGUGGUGCUUGGAGUUGGUAUCCUGUGCAUGCUGGCCGCAUUCAGCGCAGUCUCCAGCGUCAUCAGCGCGACGGUGACCUCCGAGCUCGACUGA